AUGCUGGACAUAAUCAAUUUGGCUAAUGGAGCUGAAGUUGUUCAGCAGAUGUGCCUGGUGAGAUGUCUUUGCAGUCCAAUAUGUCCGGGAAUAUCAGGCAGUGUGACCCACAGCGCUGGAGGUGCAGUCUCUACAUGCUCCUACUCAGUGGGUGACGAUGGCUUCACUGCCCUGGUGAUGCUGCAGCCGGGAGUGAAUCACAUAGUUGCUCAGUAUGGCACACACAUGGCAACCAGGCAGAUUGUCUUCUCUCCAAUUCAAAUUGAAAGAUUUGUCCGCCUUAUCUAUGUUACAAGUUUUGAUGAAGACAAAUUCCAGGGACCUAAAGAUAUGGAUCGUUCAGCCAAUGCUGCUGUACGUCGCAUUCAAACAGGAGUUUUGGCUCUGCAAACUUUCCUUGCUGAGAGCCUGCAGGAAGAAGGACUUGGAAGAAAAACUUUCAAGUUAGAGCUCACUCCUAAAGGCCUGCCCAAGGUUCACGUGCUGCAGCUGCCCCUACCCAUGCAUGAGGUGCAGAGGCAGCGAGAAGAGCGGCUGUGGGAGGUGGUGGCCAUGCAGGUCUUGUCUACGCCUCACUUGGCCGACCCCAAUUGCAAGUAUCUGGCCUUCCUGGGUGCCACUCGCUACGCCAACCCUUCUGGGUCUCAGGUGUCUUCUGAGGCCACGGUGGUGUCCCUAACGAAGGGCCACGUGUCCCUGGGUGGAGGAGGCCUUGCCCUGGUAGGCACGGGGGCGCUGUACAGCUGGCCGGAGCAGCCCUCGCAGCUGUUGGCCGCGUUUGCGGACAACACUCCCGUCGACUCAUCCCUUCUCAUGGACUUCAGUGGCGGCAGAGGGACAUGGGGCGCUUGUUUUGGCACCCAUCUUGGUUCUGUGCUGCAUGAGCUCGGCCACACCUUCGAUCUGGGCCACACCAAGCACGGCAUCAUGGCGCGGGGCUUUGAAGACCUCCACAUCUUCUUUACGGCGCCGCUGCUGCAUUGCUCUUUUGCUAAGCACAAUGCCAGAGGCAACGUACGCGCCAGUCUGUCGUCGAGCUCGCUGCUGAAGGAGCCUGUCACGUUCCGCACAGACUUCGUGGCGCGCCAGCAGCAGCCCAGCAACAUCAACAUGACCGUCGCACCCCUGGACACUGAGAACUUGUCUUCUGACACCUCCUCCUCUGAUCCUCUCGACCCUGACUCUUCAACAGAGUGCAGCAGCGGGCAACACCUCCCUUCUCUUGCCUUCAAGUGCAACCUACAAGGCGGCGUCGACCAGAAAUGCUCUACGCCCCCCAUUUGUGUCUCCUCUUCUGACGCUUCCACUCCUGACGAUGGCCGCCGCUGGUGCAACUCUCCUCUCACCCCAACACACACCACCGCCGCUACCAUCACCACCGACGCUUCCCCUGACUCGGGUGUUGGUAACAGUCGUCCCACUAACGACAACGCCGCAUUCUCCAACAAACUCACGUCAAGUUUUUCGAACCUCACGACAUCUCUGUACGACCUCGACUCGAGCGGAGCCAAGAUGGAGGCGGAUGGAAGUCCUGCUAAGAUCAUGACCGCGAGUUUCACGAACCUGAGUUGCGACGGAGGUGGGGUGCUGCCAGGGACUCGUCCUCCACAGGCGCUGAGCUCAAUGCCCGACCUCAGUGAAGGGUAUGGAGGCAAGAGGAACGCUGGCCGGUGGUCGUCCCCAGGCUGGAGGGGACAUCGGGCCUGCAGUGUGAGCUGCAGGGCCUUCUGGGCCCGGGCCAACGCCGUCAUGCUCGACUCGCACAAGUGGCUGAACGACUUCAAGGAUGGGCCUAAACCACAGCUGAAAGGGUCAGUGAUAAUGGCGGGCCCGGGCAUCCGGCUGGUAGAGCUGCGGGACCUGAACACCCUCACCUUCCACCACUGGGAGUGGCUGGGACGCAAGCCUCCCCCCGUGCUACACGUGCCCUGGGCCAGCGUCCCCAAGUGGCCACACGACAAGCAAGUACAUCUGCUCGCCCUAGACGCCGAGGGAAACCUUCUCAAAGACUGCCUCAUGAACAAGCCUUUAUGAUGUGCUUCCGCGUAGGAGUUCUGUUACUAUGCGGUGCUUUGCUUAUUUCUGCAGGUUUUAUAUAAUUUAAUAAUUCCCUUUAAUGAUCAUACAUGAAGGAACCAUUGCAGUAGUCAGUUGAGAUUUAGAGUCAGCAAGCUUUCAUGGAAGGCUUCGACUUGAAACUUUUUCGCUUUUAUUUUUAUCGCAACAUAGCUCAUUAAUAUAAAUGAUUAUCUUAUGUUGUUUUAUGUGUGAUCAUAUUGCUUGUAACAUAGAAGUUUGGAAAGACUUGAAGCAAGCUGCACGAUUUGAAAAUACUUUUAGGACCUGAAAUUUUGGGCUUCUUCUGAAUUAUGACCUUUUGUUUAUGUUGAAUUGGAUGUUGAAAUUCAUGUUGAAUUCGAUUUAUUUACGAGGUUUGAUAAUAUAAUUGUAGGAUUGCCUAACCAGGCCGCCAAACUGUCUCCAGAUGCAAAAUAUAUCCUCAAUAUGUAUUUGAUUAUGAUUAUUUUACUGGCAUCGGUAGUUCCCAGUCGUGGUGGAAUAGGCAUAAUAGGUACUAUAUAUUAAUGCUUCUUGAAGUGCUAAUGCAUUUUAAAUGAUCGUUUUCUCAGACUUGGUUAUGCUUCCUCCAGCAAACAUACUGAAGUAGAGCAUACAUUAGUCAGUAUACCAGCUUAAAAUUCGUGCUAAUUUUGCUUUUGUUUAAUUUCCGUUUGUUAUAAGAAAUGUUUGUUAUAGGAAAUUUCCGUUUGUUAUAGGAAAUGUGCUUUUAUUUAAAAAUCCCGUUUAUGUUGUUCCUCACACUGCUGCUAAUUUUCUUUUUAGUUUAUUUUAAUUUUUUCAUCUCCGUACUGUGCAUUUCUUAGAGGCUUCGCCUUCAACUCACAUAUCCUCGAUGUUGCUGGCUCGAGACCAGCUCGUUUUCCGUGAUAUUUUGCCAAAGAUAAAUGUAACCGAGUCGUGUUCUGUACGCUAAUUUUACUUAUUUAUUGAUGUAUAGACGAUAGUUACUCAAUAUCUUAACGUAGAAGUUCAAUCUCCACUAAAUUUACGUGUGAUGAUUUCCAGCUUGUUAUCAGCAUUUGUUUUCAGUGUUCAAUCUAUGGAUAGGUACUAAUUAUUUUCCCGAUUAAUUCAAAUAAGAUCUUCGCAUGGAGUGAGUUUUUUGUUGUAAGCUUCAAGUAGCGAUUCAAAACAGUGCCAGUUGGCAGGCGAUGACGCUUUAAUGUUAGAUAUGUCAAUCCAAUCGUGAUCCGCGAUGUUGACUGCUGUGAUGAACCCUUUUUAUUUUUAAUGAACCGUUCUUGUUCUUGGAUGUGUCUGGUCUUUAUUCGCAAUUAGCAGCUACGGUUUUUAUAUAGUUUUUCAUUCCUCUUUCGUUUCUAAAAUCAUCCCCAAAACCCCACUUGUUUCCAAAAAUUAUAUCCUUUCUCAUCCCGUCUUUCAAAGAAAUCCUGGCUUGCUUUUUCCUCAUAUAUGAUAUCAGUGUUUUAGUUUAGUAGUUUUUGCUGAGCAGAAACCAUUGUAAUAAGUACCUAUAGGUUCUUUUAACUAUAAACUGAGCAAGAAUAAUUUUUGGCGGUUGCUGUAAGACAUCAGCCGUAGCCAUUUUACGGUCGGCUCUCGAAUGUAGACUUUAUGAAGUGCUGUGAUAGACGCGAGACUUGGCUUCUUGUUCUCAUUGUUGACAAAUGCUAACAAUCAAUGUAAGGAGGACGAAAACAUUUUCAAUGGGAUUGCUAUUACAGCAGUGAAUGAUUCUCCGGGUGGCAAUAACAUCCUAGUUGUUUAAGAUUUGUUAAUGAUUAAGAAAGGGUCAUCAAAUGAUUGGUAUGUUAGAAGAGUUGAAUGAAUUACGUUCAUGUUAAUGCGGUCACCGCUAUUAUUUGUACUGCUGCUGUUAAUUAUGUGGUAUGUUGUGACGCAGCUGCUUUACAUGAGUACAGAUGCGCAUGAUCGUCCAGUCCCUUGCAGGCCGUGACUUGACGUAGGCUUAGCGCCCCAUGUGUUCAUUUUUGCGGCAUAUUGUGAUGGAUGUUGAAGUAAAUUCUACAUUUAUUGCUGGCUGAAUCAAACAUGUGCGAGCAAAAUCUUAUCUGUUCACAAAUCACGAGCAUGAUACUUAACGAUGCUGAGGUUCCUGUGAUGAUACAAUCUUAUUAGCGUGGUUGUUCGCAUGGCAUUGGUAUGACGAGUUUACCUCUUCGUUUUUAUUGCUGGUUAGUUUGUUCAGAGUUGCUUGAACGUUUUACCAGUAGAGGCGUUCCUCUACAAACGCUCAAAGCAUUUCCGUCGUGUAUGAAUAAAUCCCCGCCCUUGGUUGAAAAUUGCAUGUAACUGAGCCCGAAUACCGGUAAGACAGGAUUUUUAAGCCCGCAAAUAUUCUAUGCAGUUAUGAACUACACUCCUUCAUUGUUUUCUGAUGGAGAUACUUAUAAUUUG